AUGCUUGGCACACCACUGUACAAUUAUUAUCUUCGUCUUUGUGGUUCGCGAAUAAGUCUCAACACGCAUAUUUAUACCACAACUAUCGAUGCUCCGUGGUUGUUAGAAAUUGACGAUGGAAGUUGGAUUGCUAAUGAAACGUGUCUGAACUGUUUAUAUUUUAAUGAUGAUAACACUUUCAAACUGAGUCCAAUUAGAAUUGGAUCUAAUUGUUCAAUAGGUACACGAUCGAUUCUAUUUGAUGGAAUUAAUAUGCAAAAUAAUAUUAUUGUUCAACCAAUGUCAUCAGUCACUGGCUUCGUAGCAUCUGAAACGAUUGUUGAUGGUGAAGAACACAAAUCUCUUCCACAAAUACCACUAGUAAUCGGUAUUGCUUUUUGUUGGACUUUAUGGUCAAUUAUUGGUUGUUUUAUUUCGCUUCUCCUGUUGAAAUUCGUAGCAGGACCCUGUGCUGCUGGUGACAUAUACUCGAUAGCAUCUUGGUUAUAUUUACAAAAAAUAUGGCUUCGUCAAUUAAUUGUAUCUAGUUUUCAUCAUGCAUGGCUAUUACCGACUGGCUACAAUUAUCUUUAUCCCUAUGUUCUCCGUUGGUUAGGUGCUCAUAUUGAAGAAAAUGUUAAACUCGCUUGGAUAGACACUUUUCUAUCCUGUCCAACAAAUCUAUUGAAACUUGAAACAGAUGUCACUGCUUUUGGUGGAGUUUUAAUAGUUCCUACUGAGUUGACAUUCUCAGGUGAUCAUCGUGUGGAUCAAAUAGUGCUCGGAUCUCAUGCAAACCUUGUCAAUGGAUGUUCAAUCUUGCCUGGUAGUUGCCUUGCAUCUGAGACAAUGAUUGGCAAUUUAACACGUAUCUCGCGAGAGACAAAAAGCAAAUAUGGAGACGUUUUCAUGGGUGUUUCAGCUCGUAUAAUGCCAUUUCAGAUGCCUGUAAGGUCAACAGUACAAGAUCAGAUCGAAAUCAUACCAUUUUGGCGUACAUGUUUGUCUCAUUAUGUCAGCAAAUGUCUUUUAUUAUGCAUUUAUUCAUUUGGUGGUCUCGUUGGUGGAUCAAUCAUUCAUACAAUGCUUGUAUGUGGCCUUUAUCGAUGUCGUUCAUAUAUACGCCAUCAAAUUAUAGAACAAAUAAUAGCAAGAGUAACUCAAGAUUAUGCACAAUUGAUUUGUCCAUUUCUUGGUAAUACGCAAUGGCUCAUUCGACUAUUUGGAGCAUAUGGGGCUCAUAUUGGUGAGAAUUGUAUAGUGCCUGAUAUAUGUACUUCCGAUUAUCAUUUGUUGACUAUUGGAGAUGAUGUUCGACUUAAUGUGCAUGCAUAUAUACAAGGUCACAGUUUCGAACAACGUAUUUUUAAACUAGCACCUGUAUCAAUCGGUAACUCAUGUAUACUGAUGAGUGGCACGAAUGUAAUGGCAGGCUGCAAAUUAAUGGGUAACAGUCGUCUUUAUCCUUUGACAUUAAUAAUGAAAAAUGAUCAAUUACCACCGGAUACUCACUGGAAAGGAGUUCCUGCACAAUCUUACACAGUAAAAACAAGAUUAUCUCGACCGACAAUAGUUCAUAACGAUCUAGUUAAAUAUCAUCAAGGAUACGAGACCAUUAACAAAUUGUUCCUCUGGUACGAACGAAUUGCAAGUAUCUAUACGAAUGUAAACGAAUUACAAUUUAUGAAUUAUGGCUAUGCCGAUAUGGAUGAAUAUAUCGAUGAUCAUACUGGGUAUUAUUCAAGAAAGCUUUAUGAACAGGUUCUUGCAAAUGUAACAUUAACAGAUAAGAAUGUCCUUGAAAUCAACUGUGGUAGAGGUGCUGGUGCUGCAUGGUGUAUUCAUACUCAUGCAUCUCACUCUUAUAUUGGAAUAGAUCCUUCUCAAGAUGUCAUUAACUUAUGUCAGCGACUUUAUUCGACAAUCCCUCGACUUUCGUUCGUAGUAGCUGAUGCAACAAACCAUUUACCAUUCGAAAAUGAGUCAGUUGAUAUUAUUCUCUGUAUUGAAGCAACACAGGCUUUUGGCGAACGAAUAGCAGCCACACAGUUUGCUAAUGAAGUCGUUCGUGUACUUCGUCCAAAUGGAUAUCUUCUAUGGUGUGAUGUUUGUUAUAAGAAUGGGUCAGGUACAUCAGUUUAUGAUCUAAUAGCAAAUGAUGAAUUAAUUAUUGAAGAAAAGAUUAAUAUUACAAAGAAUGUUCUUUAUGCACUUGACAUUCAAAAUAAAUAUCGUACUGAUUUCAUUCAACGUUAUAUUCAAUCUGAAGAACAAGAAUAUUUUCGUCUGUUUGCUGGAUUAUCUGGUACUGAAAUUUAUGAAGACAUGAGCCAAGGACGUUCAGAAUAUUGGCGAGUUGUAUUUCGAAAGAAGACAACAACAAAUAUGCCUGUCAUCUAA